ACUGAAACCACGUCAGCGGAGGAAAAGAAAAAAAAGUGGAACGGGUUAUUGUGUUCAAUUGAAAGGAACAUCGAAGCUCCAGUCAGUUGUAAGUCGCAAGUCACUUCACUGGUAGCUAUCCCAACUCCAACGUCCAACAACUUUCCUGUACUUUCCUACCUCCCUCAAAAAGACGACAAUGCGAUUCCUACACUCGUUCGUAGCGCCUCUCCUACUUCUAGCUACCGGCGCGGCUCAGGCAGCUUCGUCCUGGGGCUUCGACGAUGCAAAGCUCAUUGUGACGGCGAAGAAGGCCGGGACCAAGGAUAAGGACGUUAGACAGUUCAACGACAAGACUCCCGUCCUUCAGACGCCCGUGGUGUUGGAUAGCUCCGAUAGCUUAAAGCUGCUCUUGACGGCCAAGGAGGACGGCAAGGGCAAGCGUCCGCACCAGGCCUUCCUCGUCCUCCGCGAGCCUACCUCGGGCCUCGAGGCCCCCUUCCCGUUGACCGUGAAGGAGAACGGCAAGGCUACGGUCGAGAUUAAAUACAACGACCUCCCCCUACAACUCGCCAUCGCCACAGACCCCCUCAAAGCCUCGCUGAUCCUCGCCUCGUUCGGCUCGUCCGCCGGCCUCGUCAAGGACGUGUUCGAGGUCGCGGUCGUGCGCGACCCGGCCACCAAGCCCCUCGUCUACGAGAAGCCGCUGCGCUACGGCAAGCUCCAGGAGAUCCACCACAUCUUCCGCGCCGACCCCCAAAGCCCCCCCAAGGUCAUCUCCAUCGUCUUCGUCUUCGCCGUCUUGGCUACCGUCCCGCUCCUGUUCGUCAGCUGGGCCAUUCUCGGCGGCAACCUUUCACACCUCCCCGCGGCUCUCAGCGCCGCGCCCGUCGCGCACGGGACCUUCCUAGGCUCCAUCGCCGCCAUGGAGCUCGUCUUCUUCCUGUACUACUCCACGUGGAACCUGUUCCAGACGCUGCCCUUCAUCGGCCUCGUCUCCGUGAGCAUCUUCCUAAGCGGGUCCAAGGCCCUCGGGGAAGUCCGCCGACGUCGGUUAGCCGGGGAGAGGUAAUAAAAAACAAAACAAAGCAAAAGAAAAGAAAACAAGCCGGUUCACUUUUUAGGUACUUACUUACUAUGUACUACUAAAUCGUCGUUUCGUUUCUUGUCGGAGGAUACUUACCUCUUAACUUACUACUACUGUAUGCUAUGCUAGGGACGGGUGGAUAGAUAAAGUAAGGGAUAACGAGAAAUGAACUCUGAUUCGCGAGGCGUGGAACAGAGCAAAACAGAACAUACGCGAUAUUCGACGAUAAAUGUAUUUGUGGCGUCCGAGACCUCGGACUAUCCGAACCCUAAUUCCCGUCUUUGCCAUUUUAUUUCCUCCGUUUCCCUCUCUUUCCCACUUGGUCAAUCAAAACUUAGACCGUGUAAUUUCCGGUUUAAAAAAACUGAGAGACUUAACGGCAAUGAGACGGAAGUAAAAGAGCACGAGCUUUUAAGAUAGGUACCUAGGUAAUCUCAUACACAUGUACUUGAAAUGCCGAUAUAUAUAAACAAAG